AGGCGUUUGGACGCGCACGCGGAUUGCCAGACGGAAUAAAAUCGAAAUUCGUGAAUCGAAGUCACCCACGCCGGAGCUUCUUUUGUCUUCUGGCAGCUGCCGCCAAAAAAUAAAAUAAAAACAAAGUCGUUUUUAUUUGAAGCAGCCGCGCGACUCGCGCCUUUCGAACACAUCAAGUCUAACAUGAUCAACUGAGUCCCAACGAAACGAAGAGGAAAUCAACGAGAAAUAACGAAACCCCCGAAAGGUGGCCUAAUUACUGAGAUUAUCUUUAUAUAGUUUGUAGUCACCCAAAUCGACGAAAUGGGUUUCAAUGCGCAGCACAAGCCGCGUGUCAACAGAACGUUGAUAUCGCUCAAAUUUGUGGUAUUCUUUGUCCUUACCGGCCUAGCAGCUUUGCAUAUUUUGCAUGCCACAAAGCCCCUGUUGUUGGGUCUGAACUUUUCGGAAUUCCGCACGAUCACAAUCGUGGCGCCAUUUGUUUCCAUUUUGGGUCCUUUGCUCGCAGGUCCUUGGGCGGAUCGCCUGGCAGCCAGAAACCCGAAUACGUUUGGUCGCACUCUGCGAGUGUUGACUGCCGUUUGUUUGCUGAUCUCGGCCUUAAUCUAUGCUUUCCUGUUUGCUGUGCCGAAGAUCAGUUUGCGGGGAGAUGUCCAAGGGCCACAGGUCAGCUUUGGCUGUGACGAAACUGGAGGAUUUCUGUUCCAGGAGCGUUGCGGUUCCAGUUGCAGCAAAUGGGAGCAGAUGGAGGGUAGCCUCAACCUGUCCGGUUGCACCUACAGUUGCCAGAACCCCAACCUUUACGAGCCACUGUACGUGGCCUGGUUGGAGCAAGUUCCCACGGCGGCCCCUUCCACGGAGCAGAGCUCGGAAUUCGAUUACGAGGACGAGGGCAGCACUGCGGUCACAGAGAGUUUGCGCGUGAGGAGGGACUUGGAGGGCUCAGAUCCCGCCAGCAGUGCUGGUGUGGAGGAGGCGAUCAGUGGAGAGCGGCAAGGUCACCGGUCCGUCAGAGAGGUCAAGACGCCCCCCCGCAAGGUCUACGUCCAGCCCCCGCACGUCUGUCUCACCGAGCGCAACCAGGAAGGCAAGAAUGUGGUGAAGCACUGCCACGCCUACACCGAGGACACCACCAGCGUGGAGAUGAAUACUGUCAUAGGCUCGGCGAUCAGUCAGGAGGAGCACUUCGAGGACUCCGAGGGAUGGUGCCAGUAUCCUCUGGAGGGUUUCCAGUGCCACAUUCCCCCAGCACAGGUGACUUACAUGAAGGAAUUCAAGGAGUAUAAGCUGAACGACAGCAACUGCAAACCGAUGAUCGAGUGCCAAGUGGUGAAUCCUUACCAUAAACAGAGCGUGCUUGCGGAGAGUGAAUGUACGAAUGGCACUGCCAAUGUGGAGGAAGUCUUGGGGGCUUAUAGGACCAUCCGCCUGAUUGGAGACAUCUUCCCCAUGGCCGCUCUGACCCUUCUGAACACGGCCAUCGUGAUCGCGGUGCGUGAGACCUCCGAGGGGAGGGGCGAGGUGUGCCGGCAGUAUGUGUGGGGUGCCAUUGGCUAUGUGGUGCUCUUCUCGCCGCUGGACCUGCUCUUUAUCGGUGACGAUAUCAAUAAGGACGCCGACUUUGCUGCUUCUGCUGCUCUUGCUGCGCUUAUAAUAUUUAUUGUAUGCUUUGUUCUGGGCGCCGUUGUGCUGCUCUGUGCCUCGCAGAUGCCACUGAGUCCGCCGGAGUGGUGGUGGCACACGAAGACCGGAAUGUUGGUGGUGCCCAUGUCCGCCAUCCGUCGCUACAGUCCCGAGAUCUUCGUGCUCACACUGGUGUCCAUUCUGUUUGGCACCUUCUGGAGCAGCAUUCACAGCUACCUGCACUGGACAUUCGUCGAUCAGUAUGCUGUGUGCUAUUCGGGCUUGAUCCUCAUUCUAGUCCUGUUCUUCAACGUGGACAAGUUCAUCGAGUACUGCGGCCACUCGAAUAUCUUCAUCGGCGGCUUGGCUAUCUAUGUCAUUAGGUUCGCGGCGUUGAGUGAUGAGGGAACCAAAUGGUUGACCGUCGUCAUGGAGGCUAUCGAGCCGGCUGUAAUUGGUCUGAUUUGGAUCACGAUUAUUUUGUAUAUGCGUCAUGCCAUGCCGAGGAAAUUGACUGCCACUGGACAGGCCAUCGCCGUUUUGGCCUUCUUCGGAUUGGGCAAAGGCUUUGGAGCUUUGAUUGGAUUGGCACAGGAGCAGCCUGAGUUGAAGUACUGGUCCUGCACCUACCAAUGGCUGGCCAUUGUGGCCUGCGUCGUGGCUCUGGUUUACUUCGGGAUCUACAACCUGGUCCUCGCCCCACGCUGCACCGCCAAGCCACAACACUCCGAGGAGUUGAUCUCCGGAUCUGCAUCCCAGAACUUUGGCAAUACGGGAACCGGAACCGGAAACGGGGCUGGAAAUGGCAAUGGAGCCGGAAACGGAAACGGUGCCGGUGCGUCACUAAACGGCAACGGAAAUGGCAGCUACUCACCACUGAGGGUCUACCACAACGAGAGGGGGAAGAAGGGACAGUUUAGAUACUAAGAUGCAGUGGGAAAUUCAGAGAACAAUGGAUAAUUUAUUCUUUGCAUGGAUCACUAAUGCUCCGCCUCUCUCAAAUCGAGUGCGAAUGAUAUUCUAGGUUUUAAAUGUGUACACCACGCCUCGUCCUUCUCCACCUACCGCCCCCCCGCCCGCUCGAGGGCAACACUGCUAAUAGUUUGUAAUGCGUAUUUUUGCUAAGUGUAUACACCAGGAGGAAGAAAAACAAAAGAGAGGAAAAAAAACGAAAAACAAAAUAAUUAACUUUUUUACAUAAAUCGCAUGUAAAACUUAUUUUAUUUGUUAUUUAAUGCCAACUAAGCGAGUUCAUAAUUUUAAUUAAAUCGCAAUGGGGAAGCAAACAAAAAAAGGUUAACCAAAAUCAUCAACUGCCCGACUAUAAUUGCAACAAUAGCCAUGGAAACAGCAAAAGCAAUAACGACUUCCCCAGACAUCACGUUGUUCUCUUUACAACGUUACAAAAAUGAAGGCAUCAAUUUUUAAUGAAACAUUUGCGUGAUUUUACUAAGCAUAAUAUAUGAUGCACUAUGAGCAUAUAAAUGUAACAAUAAAACAGAAAAUGUAAUUAUACAAAAAUA